GAAAUGGCCUGAAUCCAGAAUUCAGUCACAUGUAGAUUUUCACAUGUUUACAGCAACCAAAUUCCAACAUAUCUAGAGUGUUAAGACAGAAACUUUGGAUUUCACUUUACAGGGUCUUUAAGGACGGAUAAGAUGUACCACCUCGUCCAUAGGGGGCGCCAGAAUCAACACAAACCAAAAGUCCCUCACAGGAGCUUUAAGAUAUCAGUUUUACAACCCACUUAUUCGUAUAUUAGUUUUCUAUCUAUUAGUUUUUUUAACUGUAGAUCAGGGAUGGGCAACAUGCAGCCCUCCACUUCACUUUAUUCCAAUCCAAGUCCAUUUCAAAUGCAAAUAAAAUACAAACAUAAAGAAAACACGACAAAAUCUGCCGUGAAAUAAUGAAAACGGAAACAUUUCUCUUAUAAUCAUUGAUUACUGGUGUAUUUUUAGUUAUUUAAAAAAACCAAAAUUAGAAGAAAUAUAUGGCAGCAAAAACCUUUUAUAUGCAUCACUUAAUGCAUGCGUAAAAAAAUAAGUAUGCAAGUAAAAUAUGUCAAUAACAAGUAAUUAUCAAAUUCAUUGCACUGAAAAAGUGUCUUGGAAUUGAUUUAAUUCUGUGUUUAUCCCAUCACAUUAAAGAUUUCUGUUUGCCCUUUUUUUAAAAAGUACAACAAUUUAUAACAAAUUGAGCCCUUUGGCAUCAAAAACAAAAUCAAUGCAGCCCUCUAGGUAACCAGUGUUACCCAUCCCUGCAGAAGAGGGUCAAAAAAUAUUCUUAAAAACUGUGAGCAACUGUGAGCUCUUCAUGUAUUUUAUUUUGACCAGAGAUAUCUUCCUACACCAUGAUCUGAAACAGAGGCAAGCAGGAAGUUCUUCCAUAUUAAGCAUUUUUGGUAAAAAAAAAAAAAAAAAAAAAAAAAAAAAAAAACUCAACCAAUCAUUGAUUAACCAUCAGCUGUUGUGCUUGAGCAUCAUGUCAGCAGCAGAGAGUGCCUGAUUACAUGAUAGGAGAACCACUAUGCCAAUGAUCAUAUAAUCUUAUGUUACAAUAAAGAUUAUUGAUGAUUUUAGAUCGCUGCUUGUGCUUUGUUGAAUCAUGGGCUACUAAAGAACUAUUACAUUGAUUAAUAAUGAGCCUACUAUUGUCAUAUUGUGGCUCUGAAGGUCAACUUUAAUAUUUCAAAUAUUACAUUUGACCUGCUGCAAAAAAGGGAUCUGCUGCAAAAGGUUUAAACUGCUGCAAAACAUUUGACCUGCUGCAAAAAUUUUGACCUGCUGCAGAAUAUUUUAACAGCUGCAAAAACAACUUUCCUGCUGCAAAAUUGUUCAACUGCAGCAAAACUCUUGACCUGCUGCAAUAUUUAAACUACUGCAAAACACCUGCCUUGCUGCAAAAUAUUCUAAAUGCUGAAAAACAUUUUACCUGCCACAAAACAUUACAGAUGUUGUGAUAUAUUUUACCCAGUGUAAAGUAAAUAUAUGUUUUUACUGUUUUUUUUUAUUCCACUUUAAAGCAUUUCAGUAAAUGGAAUGUGAUUAUGCUGCGCUCUUAACUUAACUUCAUUAAUAUUACUAGGAAUUGUGUUGGAAGCUUGACUCAGAUCUUUAUAGUUUCUCUCAAAUAGUCAAACCCCAAAGUCUAAACGACAUUAAAUUGUAGUUAAUCUGAAGCAGGUCAAUUGUUUUUGCAGCAGGUGAAAUAACUGGCAGCAGCGAAUAUAGCGCAGUUGACCUUCAGGGCCACCGUACAUAUUAUUACAGAUUAAAUUAGUAGACCUACAAGAAGGUAGGUCAGCCAGCUCGUCACAUGAAGGUAUUGUGUUAAGAAUGUCUUUCUACCACACUAUAAAGACGGGGUGCGCCUUGUGAGGUUGCCAUCAUGGCAGAAACCCCCCUUUUCAGGCACAGCAAUGCCUAUUUUAUCCGCAACAGCAGCUUGUGGACUAGACUUCAUUUCAGAUUUUUUUUUUUACCUGUACUAAGUUAGCGUAAACAAUUCAGAAAAAAGGGUUAUUAUUUGUACCAAUGCUUAUGUUUUAAAGUUCGAGGUGUAAUUUCCGUACUAUAUGCCUCAUGGCAGCCCCUUUUAAAGCCACAUCCCCAAAGUGCGCUAGCGGAGAAGCGCCUGGCAACACAACCGCACUAUAGCGCCGACUGUCUCCGGAAUAGACGCUGUUUGAACGGCUCAAGGUACGUGAAACUGCAUAAUGUGUGUCCGUAUAUCCUCUUUGACAACAACAUCUCUGUUUUCCACCGCAGCUUGUCUAGUCUCGUGCGCAUUGGCUCAGACGAACUGCUGCAUGCGGGAAGCUGGGCUACAGGGCGCCUUUGAAUGAGACGUUUAAUUGAUGUUAUAUAUUGUAGUUAGUGAGGGACCUUUACAGAGGCGAUGAGUGGUCAUUUUCUUCGACUUUUAUGGAUGCUUUUGAUUCAAAUUCGUCAGAGAGAGAAUGAAAUUGCACCUUAAGAUACAGAUAUCUGUAUGUUAUGGCUAUUAUCUGCAUUAGAACAGGUUUAUUCAUGCUAAAUUUGGCAUUCAGGAGUUCACAUCGUUGCCUGCUGCUCUGCUGGUUGACGUAAAAUAGCAAGAACGGACAGUAUCAGUACCCAUGGAGACUGCGAGUGCCCUGAUCUCCAAUGCAGUGUUGCUGUUGCAUAGAGACUGAGAAAAACUGUGAAUUUCAAGGUUGAUGCACUGAAUGACAAACGCGGCUAUUUUAAGGCAGAUCAUCCUCUCUGUCUCCCCCAUAUUUCUUCCUUUUUUUUGAAGUAACCCUGUCUGCAUUCGUCUCUUUUCCUCUUGAUUGCUAAAAGGAUCAUUACACAACUCUCCAGAGCCACAUCAGGAGGACAUGGGGUGGGACACAGUCACCAGAGAGGAUUCACGUCGUUUUCAUGGCUAACACUGAAGUGCACAGCUGUUUGAUUUAAAUGAAUGUAGAGCUGGACAACAUCUGGCUGUAUGAUGCAUUUUACCUCCCCAUUAAUUUGAUUGCAAGUACCAAGAGCAGAGCAGCCAUUACCCUUCAGUGCUUCACCUGAAUGGAAAUAUGGACACCUUCAAUGGAGAAAUUUUGACUCAACAUGCCCAGGAACUAUGAGCAGCCUGGUCACUCAGUAGGGAUGUUGGCUGCCGUGGAACAUGGUCCCAUCCUCUGCAGCGACUCCAACAUCCUCUGCCUCUCGUGGAAAGGCCGCGUCCCCAAGAGCGAAAAGGACAAGCCGGUGUGCCGGAGACGGUACUAUGAGGAGGGCUGGCUCGCCACAGGGAAUGGGAGAGGAGUCGUUGGGGUGACGUUCACAUCUAGUCACUGCAGGAGGGACAGAACUACACCUCAGAGAAUCAAUUUCAACCUGCGAGGACACAACAGCGAGGUUGUCUUAGUGCGUUGGAAUGAACCCUUUCAGAAGUUGGCCACUUGUGAUAUGGAGGGUGGGAUUUUUGUUUGGAUCCAGUAUGAAGGACGGUGGUCUGUAGAGCUGGUGAAUGACAGAGGAGCACAGGUGAGUGACUUCACGUGGUCACAUGAUGGCACCCAGGCCCUCAUCGCGUACAGAGAUGGCUUUGUUCUGGUUGGCUCUGUCAGCGGGCAAAGACACUGGUCCUCUGAGAUUAACCUUGAGAGCCAAAUCACCUGUGGCAUCUGGACACCUGAUGAUCAACAGGUCCUGUUUGGUACAGCAGAUGGUCAGGUGAUAGUGAUGGACUGUCACGGACGAAUGCUCGCCCAUGUCCUGUUACAUGAGUCUGAUGGGAUUGUGAGCAUGUCCUGGAACUGCCCUGAUUUCCUGGUGGAGGACAGCACUGAGAGUGACACGGACUCGGACGACAAUAUUCUGCCUCUAGUGCGGAGAGUCAAGCCUUUGUUAACAGUCACCUUCUUAUCAGGAGAUAUCAGCUUAAUGAACAACUAUGAUGACCUCUCUCCAGCUGUGAUCCGCUCAGGGCUAAAAGAUGUUGAGGCCCAGUGGUGCUCUCAGGGAGAUCUCCUGGCUGUGGCUGGUAUGGAGAGACAUGGGCUUCCUGCUGACUCUGCCUGUGCGUCCAUCAUGAGGAACGCUCUUGUUAAGUUCUACAAUGUCCAAGGAGAACACAUCUAUACUUUAGAAACACCAGCACAGAGACCCAUCACCACCAUCUGUUGGGGUCACAGAGACUCUCGCCUGUUCCUCGCUUGUGGACCGGCGCUCUAUGUGGUGCGUGUGGAGCACAGGGUGGCCAGCCUCCAACUUUUAUGCCAGCAGGGCAUUGCCAGUGCCCUGAGAGAGGAGAAAGAUGUAGGGAAACUGAACAUGCCCUCACUGCUCUGCUCCUACGUCACAACUGCCUUCAUACCCACCAUCAAGCCCCCAAUUCCAGACCCAAACAACAUCCGUGACUUUGUCAGCUAUCCCACAGCUGGGAACGAGCGUCUCCACUGCACCAUGAAGCGAGCAGAGGACAGCCCCGAGGCAGGCGGACCCUGCUACACUCUCUACCUAGAAUAUUUAGGAGGACUGGUGCCUAUUCUCAAAGGAAGACGCAUCAGUAAACUACGGCCUGAGUUUGUCAUUAUGGAUCCCAAAACGGACAGCAAAGCAGAGGAGGUUUGUGUAAACCCCAUGAUUUCAUACACGGACAGCUGCAACUGCUCCGACUCCAGCGACAUUGAACUGAGCGAUGAGUGGGUCGGGAAGAAGUCGCCAAAGUUAUCGCGGGGAAACAGGAUGAACAUGGAAUUAAGAAAAUCUCCCAAACUGUCCCGUGCCAAUCAAGAAGGCCAGCGGUCACCACGGUUACCGACAAAGAAGCCUCCAGUUCGUUCUCCUAGUCUGACACGCCGAGAGUUUUCUAUGGAUGGGAUCACAGAGCACAACUACCUUGCUCAAGUCACGUCCAAUAUCUGGGGGACAAAAUUCAAAAUUGUUGGACUUGCAUCUUUCCUCCCUGCCAAUCUUGGUGCAGUUAUCUACAAGACCAGUUUGCUUCACCUGCAGCCAAGACAGAUGACAAUCUACCUUCCAGAAGUGAGGAAAAUAUCUCAUGACUUUAUGAGCCUGCCUGUUUUCAAUCCCAACGUGUUCAGUGAGGAUGAGGAUGACUUACCAGUGAUGGGUCCAUCUGGAGUGGCAGGAGACAAUCCCCCCUGUACCGUCAACAUUCCCAUUGCACCAAUACACAGCCCAGCUCAGGCCAUGUCUCCAACCCAGAGUAUUGGCCUGGUUCAGUCUCUUCUGGCCAAUCAGAAUAUUCAGCUUGAUGUCCUGACCAACCCGACAGCCACGGCAGCAGCUGCAGCAGCGGCAGCAGCAGCCUCGGUUCCUGUCACUGAUCAUGGGCAGGAUGCAGUUGCAUCACCGUACCCUGUGCCAACUAGGUACUCAAAUCCCGGCCAGGUGAUCUUCAAUGGGCUGGAGAUGGGUCCUCUUCUUCCUGGUACUCUUCCUCCUCCACCACCUCCUCACCAUCUUCCCCCGCAGCCCCACUCGCAGCGCUCUCACUCGCAGCAGCCUCGCCAACCGCCAUCCAAGCAGUCGCAGCAAAUGCAAGCACAGCAGCAGCAGCAGCAGAAAAUGCAUCAUCAUCAACAACAACAGCAGCAGCAACAGCAGCAGCAGCAACACCACCAUCAGUCCCAAUCACAGCAACAAGAACAGCAACUGCAGCAGCAACAUCAACAGCUACAGCAACUGCAUCACCAGCAGGCGCUACACCAACAGCAGCAGCAGCAGCAACACCAGGUUCAGCAUCACCAACAAAUGCCGCCAAAUCAACAGCAGGUGACGCCCCAGCAACUUCAUCACCAACAUCAAAUCCAGCAGCAGCAGCAACAGAUGCAGCUGCAGCACGAACAGAUGCAGCAACAGCAGCAGCAGAUGCAGCAACAGCAGCAGCAAAUCCGUCAGCAGAUCCAGGAGAUGAGGCAGCAGCAGCAGCAGCUCCAGCAGCAGCAUCAGCAGAUUCAGCAGCAACAUCAGCAGAUGCAGAGGCAGCACCAACAAAUGCAGCAGCAGCUGAAGAUGCAGAUGCAGCUACCACCUCCUCCAACAGGAUAUCCAACCAUUUCCUUACAACAGAUUCAUAUCCUGCCUCAGAUUCCCCCUCCGACCACUGAGCCGGGCCUGACCAGAGUAGAGCAUGCACACACUCUUAAGCCAAGUAUGCCACGGACUUUACCCCCCUUCACUGACUCGGAGGCAUCUAUGGAGAUGCAAAUGAGGAAGGUUAAUCCUCCUCCUCCUUAUCCAGGCACUGUGGUGUCUGCUGCUGCCGCUACAGCUGCCACUACGCCUCAAACUCUUGUCACAAACUGUGACAGCCCUAGUGUCCUGGCACCCGACCCCUGCCUGAAGAAGGAUGAGUUUUUGCUUCACCCUGUCACUCUGCAGUACCCAACACCUCUGGGGUAUGAAAGGAUCACAACCUUUGACAGCAGUGGAAACGUAGAGGAGGUUUGUCGGCCACGCAGGCGUGUCAUUCGCAACCAAAAUGCAUACGCUGUCCACGGCUCUGCCACUCUGAAAGUCACCUCCUCUGAGACUAAAAAGGUCCAGCUUCCUUACAGCUCAGCAACACUGAGUCGCCUCUCUGUCCCUCGGUACUCCAUACCGAGUGGAGACCCUCCUCCUUACCCGGAUCCAGCCAAUCAAGUGACUGCCACACUUCCUCCUCCCCAGAGAAUUGACAGCAGUCUGAUUCAUGCCACUCUGCGUCGUGACCGCAGGGACGUAGGGCUUAAAGUCCCGCAGAUGAUGGAAAGCUCAAGAACCCUUCCCACAAAGGCUAAAAUAAACAGUGCACUAGCGCUCAGCUACCAGCAGAGGGUGCCCACUGCUUUGUACACGUGCACACAGUGCAGCAGCAACAGCAGCAGCACUAGUGUCAGUGUAAGUGGAGGUGGGACUUCAAGCAGUGGCAUCGCAGGUGGCACGGUGGUGAGGCAGGACUUCCCACCAGGGAAAGGAGCACAUCACAGCACCAUCAUUGUGCACUCUAAAGGAGCCUCCCCUCUGGCUUCUCAGUCAUCUUACAGCCUGCUGGGUGCUGUUGAUAACAGCAGGGACAGAACAGUGUAUGUUAACUCUGCCUUCACUGAGGAUGAGACUUUGAAUCAGCAGUGUCACCUUGAGAAAUCUGUACGCCAGCUUACUCUCGGUGAUGUCAACUUGACACUCAAACGUCCUCCGCCUUACCAGUGGGAUCCCUCCACCACUGAGGAUUUUUGGCUCACCCCAGAGCAAACAAUGUUAGGCCCACCACCAGGACCUCAUAAAGCACCUCCACUCAUCAUCAGCCAAGCUCAGCACUUAGACAUGACUCGGCUGCCUUUUGUUCUCACAACUAAACCUCCAGCCAGUCCAAGCACGAGCACGCUGACUUUCCCAUCAGGGUACCAGAUAUCUCUCUCGCCUUUCCCUCCAGGUGUAGCUCAUGGUGGUCCUCCACUCCAGACUUUACAGAAUCCCCCACCACAGUGCAACCCCAAUGAAGUUGUAGGCUCAGUCCCUUUUGGUCAACAGGAUGCAAACUUGGUUUUGCCUCCAGGAUAUCCUCCAAAUCUGGCUAACUUGGCCUGCUGCCCUCUUCCUCCGAUGUAUCCAGGAGCCAGCUCAUGUGCAGGGCUGCAGCUGCACCCUGUCAGCCUUCAUCCCUGGAAUCCUUACCCCUGCCCUCCUCCCAUGCAAGACCCUCCAGCGCCUCCCCUCCCCACCAAAACCCACCAGGUUUUAGAGAAGCCAAUCCUCUCCCCUCCACCUCCAACCGCGCCACCACCACCACCCCCUCUCCCCCCUCCUCCUCCACCUACUGAGCUACCGCCAUCCAAAAGUGCCACAGAGGAUCUAGCAGAGUCCUCCAACAACUUUCCAGAACCGUCAUCCCUGAAUGAAAGCCCCGUGCCGCAAGAGUCAGAGCGCUUUAACAAGAAGAGCAGAAAAAGACUGGACAGCCGAGCCGAGGAGGCAAACAUGCCCAACGUCUCUGAGGGAAAAUCCAGAAAGGAGGGCCGUGCACUCUCUGACUUCAACACUCUCAUUUCCAGCCCAAGGCUCGGCAGUAGAGAGAAGAAGAAGCCAAAGGGACAGAGAGAGCAGCUCAAUAAAACCAAGAAGAUGAGCAGGACCACAAAUGAGUUCCAGGAUAGUUCAGAGAGUGAGCCCGAGCUGUUUAUCAGCGGCGAUGAGCUCAUGAACCAGAACCAAAGCAGCAAAAAGAGCUGGAAGAACAAGAGAAGCCUGCGCAUGGCAAGCGAGCUGGAGGAGAUAAAGUGCCGCAAGGCCAAUGAACGAGAGGAUCGCAGUUUAGGAAGCCAAGGGUUUGUUUAUGUGAUGGCCAAUAAACAACCACUGUGGAAUGAAGCCACGCAGGUCUACCAGCUUGAUUUUGGUGGAAGAGUCACACAGGAGUCAGCGAAGAAUUUUCAAAUUGAGCUUGAUGGGAGACAGGUGAUGCAGUUUGGGCGAAUCGACGGGAACGCCUAUAUCUUGGAUUUCCAGUAUCCUUUCUCAGCGGUGCAGGCGUUUGCUGUCGCCCUGGCCAAUGUGACUCAGAGGCUGAAGUGAAACUCGGUGUCGUUGUAGGCGUGUUCAAAAGAAACCACGGUGGUGUUGACCAUAAGGGUCCACUGGUAUUACAGCCCAGUGUGUCAGCUGAUAGCUGGGGCAGUGCCGUGUCCUGGUGGUUCUAUCUUAAAGAGAUUAAUACACAAGGUGGUCUUGCACAUGAAGGUAAUUUACAAUCAGUCUAUUGAAGGCAAAGCCAGUCUCGGUUAGUUAGUGGUCUUGGAGACUAUCAGUUAAUCAUUUCUAGUUCAUAUACUGAAUGUAUUCCAGCUAACUUUAGUUCUUGUUCAAAUGCUAUUUAGUGAAGAAAAGUAGUUGACCUACACAAAAGGCAGCCUUAGUAAAUGUUGGAAUAGAUGUGAAAAAAAGCCAGAAGGUUGUGUACCAUAUUUGGUGCCAAAGACAUCUCCUGCCUCUCUAAGUGAUGGCUAAAAUUCAGUGUAUUUUAAAAAAGAGGACUGAUUUUAUAUUUAUUUGUGAUUGUAAGAUAUGGUGGUUCUCAUUAAGCCAAACCACAUCUGAUACCACACUGCAUGUUUUUGAUUAAGUUAUACAUGACUAAAAACAUAAAUAAUAGGUUAUUGCAUUUAUAAUAGUCUUUUAUUCUAGUACUUUUAUUUGCUUUAUUAUUGUUCUCUUAAGCACUUUCUAUUUCAAGGCAGUCAUUUGAAUUUUUAGUCUGCUAUAUUUGUAAUUUCCUCUACUUUGUGUUCAGAUGACUGAACAUGCAAUAGAAGAAUUAGUUGAUUCUGAACAUGAAGAGUUGAGUACAAUUUCUCAUAGUUUGUAUAUUUUAUAUCAUGAAACUUCUAUGAAGUGGUGCAAUCAACAUUGUAUAUCAUAAUUUUGGCCACAGUACUAUAAACCACUAGUCAGUCAGACUUAUGGUGUAAAAUUAGAUGCUCUUUUUAUCACCCAACUCCCCACAAGCACUGUCACUAAUGGCUGACAGGAAGUUAAGGUGUGUUUCCAGUUUGGUUCAGUUCAGUUCAGUACACUUUGCAGUUAUUGCAUUUUCACUUGGGGCUGAUCGAUUAUUGGGCUAGAUGAUACGUAAGAGCAACCAACCUAGGUAUCUUGCCCAAUUGAUGCCAAACCACCCCUUUCUUGGUGCAAAUGUUUCAUGAAAAUAAAUGAUAGUAAAUAGGAAAGACAAGGUCUUUUCAGAACAAAAGUUUGCAUUGGUGUAUAGUGCCUAUAAACAGUAUUUAUCCCCUUGGAUGUUUUACUCUUUUAAUGAUUUUAUAAAUCAGUCAAGGUAAAUAAAAUUAGGCUUUGUUGGCCAAAAAACCCUCUUUAAUUUAAAAGUGAAAACUAAUUUCUACAAAGUAAUGUCAAUUAAACAAAAGUAUGUAAGAGCUUCGGCCAAUUGGUGCUAAUAAUCUCAUAGUUAGUGAAAUGGGGAUCAGCUUAGUGCAGUGAAUGUGCCUCAGUGAUUGUAGUAUAAAGACACCUGAGUCUGGAAAGUCCAGCCACUAUUAAAUCAGUAUUCCUGGCUACCAUUACAU